UUGGUCACACGCCAAUUUUUAUUUUUAUAUCUAACCACGUGGUUAUGACGUGACGCUUGCGCACACAAUUACUAAAUGGAAUUUGUGUUAAUUUAUUGUUUUUAAUAACAAAUGACUAUUGUUUUUAUUUUAAAUUUGAACAUUUAAUUGGAACCAGUUUAGUUUUUUUAAUAAGUGAUUAAGUUUCUGAAAUACAAUGUUUGAAAAAUUAUUUUUAUUGUUUGCGUGUCUUAUAUUGCCGAGGCCAUCAUAUAUGAACCCUGAUAAUAUAGGUUUGUUAGCAAGUACGCUAAAAACCAUGCAAAUAGCAGCUUGUGAUGACGAAACCGUCUCGUUACGCUGUCCUGCAGGUACUUCAAUAAGUAUCCAAUUCGCAAAAUACGGAAAAGCCGCUCCCCAAGGACAUAAAUGCGUUAUGGAGGGAUUGGAUUUCGGAGGAUUGGGAACAUUGGACAAAGAAGUGUGUCUAUUGCCUAAUUCUAUGCAGUAUUACAUUCUACAAACAGUGGUUGAGACAUGUCAAAAGAAGCCUCAAUGCACAUUCAGUACGAAGACUAAGCCGGGCACUGUGGACCCCUGUCCAUCGUCCAGGAAGUUCAUUGAAGUAGCGUAUAAGUGCAAACCUUUUGAAUUCCGUAGUCGUACUGGCUGUGAAAAUGAUGUUUUGGCGGUGUCUUGCGAUGCACAUACACGGAUAGCUGUGCUCGACGCUCAGUAUGGCCGUACUGCCUUCGAAUCAAGCAAAUGUCCACAAACAGAUGGAGUUCCUGAUGAGACAUGCAAAGCACCACACACAACGGAAACUGCGAUGCAGAUAUGCCACGGCAAACGUCGAUGUCAAAUAUCUGUUACACAAAACAUUUUCGGAUCUCCCUGUGGUCCUGAAUCGAGACCUUAUCUUAAGAUUGUGUACGCUUGCGUUCCCCUGGAUGUUCUGACAGAGAAAUACGAGAGUGCACUGGAAAGAGAUGAAGUCACGGAUUUCUUAUCUGGAGUUGAGGAUAACUUUUUCGGAGAAACUGAUGAAUUUGGUGAACAAAAUGGAUCUCCUUCCAUCGCGGUUCCAGCGCCACCAUCAUCGUACGACAACCAACCGACAAUAGAUGUUACAACAAUUGCUGCUAAUAAAAAUAACGACGGACCAUUACCUGAAGCAACAAAUUCUAAAACACCUAAAAUGUUAAUAUAUGCAGCUGUCAGUAUUCUUAUAUUGAUAACGCUUGUAUUUGUUCUAUUAGUUAUACGUUAUUUAAUGAAACGUAGAACAAAGAACAAUCCUAAAACUAAUGAUAUGUUCACAACUGAAACUCCGAAUAUAUUCGGCGAUGGGCUUUCUGAUAUUGACAAUGAUGUUGAUGUAAGUCACAUUUCUGGUACUUUUUAUGAUCCUGUACAUCCUGAUAUGAUUCUAUAUAAAGAUGUACCAGGAAAUACGACUUUAAGAGCUAUGCGACCUCUUUCAACAGUGUAUCCAUGUUCCAGUACUAAUAUGUAUGGUACUGUAAACUAUCCAUCACAUACGCGAGAUUACUCAACUAGUAGAUUUAGUGAGAACAAAGCGGUUGAUAAUGAUAUUAUUGUUAGUCCAAAGAGUUUAAGAGGUUAUACGAAUUCCCAAUUCUUUUACGGCUGACGUCUAAAUUGCUUUGUUAAUUCUCCAAGUAUUAUUUUUGUGUUCAAGGUAUAUCUAAGGUAAUUUUACGCUACUCUGUUGAAAUAAAAACCAUAUUACAAGCUUUUAAAGCAAACCAAGUUACCUUUGAGCCUUGUCCUAGUCACUAUGUUAUUAAUAUUUAUAAUUACGUCACAUUUUGCACUUGUCAUACUUAUUUUAAUUGUAUUAAAUUUACUAUUGUCCAUGUUUACUCUAAGAUCCAAUGCUAACUUGACCUUUCCAAAAAUAUUAUCUACAUUUUCCUGUAUUUUAAAUUUAUUCAAUGUCUUGUAAAAUAAUUGUAAUUUUCUUAGCUUUUUAUGUGGUUUAAAAUAAUUUUUAUUGAAAAGGAAGUUAAUUCUCUUUGUAAAUUUUUCAAGAAUAUGAACUAGGUAUAAUAGUGAAUUUAAAAAAAUGCUUCAUCAACAACGUGCCCUUAUUCUUACGUCAGUACAGUGUACCUUUCAUACAUUUCUACAAAGUGCCCUUGUUCUUACGUCAGUACAGUGUACCUUUCAUACAUUUCUACAAUGUGCCCUUGUUCUUACGUCAGUGCAGUGUACCUUUCACACAUUUCUACACUUUCUCCUCUACUAUCAUCGCCAUCAUCUCCACGUAUAAUGUUAAUACUUUCCGAAAUGAAAAAUUGCAUGAAAGUUUUAAUUGUUCUUUGUUUUAUUGGCAAAUCUUACGGGAGAUUAUGUUGUCUGCUUUCAGCUGGCUCUCAAGCUACGUGACGUCACCAGUGCUUAAUAAGUGCUGUGAGCACUGAGAACUAGAAGAGAGUUAGUAGGCAUUUCUUUUAAACCUUUUUAUAAUUCAAAAGUUAGUUUUAUAAGGGAAUUCGCAAACAAUCUUUGGAUUUAGGACGAAAAUUUCUGGAAAGGUCAUUAAAAAAAAUCAUUUUUUUAAU